GCUUUUCUGACAUGGCGUCGGAGAAGGCGGCGCCGGAGCUGCUGGCGCUGCAACCAGAACAGAGUUCUCAGCUGGAUGUGGACAACAGAAAUUGGAUUAUCGAGCGACGGGCCGCCGCCGAGCUGAGCUACAACGAAUUCUAUUGGAAAUACAUGCGGCCCAACUGGCCCGUCAUCAUUACAGAUGUCUCCAACAGUUGGGAGUGCCGCAAUUGGGCGCAACAGAACAACAACAACGGAAGAGAUGCGAACGAUAAUUGCUCAACUGGUGGCCACAUCAAUUUCGACUACCUCAGGCGUCGCAUCGGCAAUCUAGCCGUGCCAGUCGCCGACUGCAAUGCGACCUAUUUUAAUAGUCACGCCAAAUUGGAAUUAAAAUUCCACGAUUUUUUAGCACGCUGGCAAAGCAACGUGCUCGAUUCAAGGGUGCAGCUGGAGCCGAACUUCAAUGUGAAGUUAAAGGAUAAUCUGUACCUCAAGGACUGGCAUCUGGCUGCCCAGUUGCCGUCUUAUGAGUUCUACAAGGUGCCCAAAUAUUUUGCAUCCGACUGGCUGAACGAGCAGCUGAUUGCGGAGCAGAAAGACGAUUACCGAUUUGUCUAUAUGGGACCGAAGGAUUCCUGGACGUCCUUUCAUUCGGAUGUGUUUGGCUCGUUCAGCUGGUCCACCAACAUAGUGGGUCACAAGAAAUGGCUUAUUAUGCCGCCCGGCGAGGAACUCAAACUGGCCGACCGGCUGCGAAAUCUGCCGUUCAGCAUCGAUGAGUCGCAGCUGGAGGAGCACAAGGUGCGCUAUUUCACCAUCAAUCAGACGGCCAAUGAGGCGAUAUUUGUGCCGAGCGGCUGGUACCAUCAGGUGUGGAAUAUGACGGACACCAUUUCCGUCAAUCACAACUGGUUCAAUGCUUGUAAUAUUGCUCGUGUCUGGAGCAAUUUACUGGGCAAUCUGAAGGAUGUACGCAAAGAGAUCGCCGACUGCCAGCAGAUGGACAACUUUGAGGCACACUGCCAGACCAUGUUGCGCGCCAGCUUUGGCAUUAACUACCUCGAUUUUAUAGAGCUUUUGGAAUUCAUAGUUGCCCGCCGAAUCGCCGCCAGGCUUAAAGACCAACAAACAACAACAACAACGACGACCAAAAACAGCCUCUUACUUUUUGAUAAAUAUGAGAUGAACGAUUAUCAUGUGCAAUACGAUCUCGAGUGUGUGCAACGUCUCCUCAAGGACACAAUGCUGCACGAGCCGAGUGUGCAACAGUGUCCUGCGCAGCUCAACGAACGCUGCGAACGUCUGUUGCAGCAGCUGCCAACAAACGCAUAGCCUUGGCAUAUUUUUAUACCAAAGUUGUAUUCAUAUACAAUGUAGCUUGUACGAUUUUAUUGUAUAUUGUAAUUUAUUUAUUAUGAAAUGUAUUGUAUAUGUAUACACAUCAUACACAGACGCAUACAGAUACACAUAUAU